AUGCUGGACACCAACCAAGGCACGCCUGCCGCUGGCGAUGCCGCAGACUCCGCCGCGCCCGCCGUCCCCUCUAAGCCGGCUGUCGAGCAAUCUGCGCGCUCGCAUCUCAUCGAACAAGCGCACGCCAUCAUAUUACCCUCUUACAGCGUCUGGUUUGACAUGCACCAAAUCCACAGUCUGGAGAAGAAGGCGCUGCCGGAGUUCUUCAACAACCGCAAUCGCUCCAAGACCGAGGCUGUGUACAAGGACUAUCGCGAUUUCAUGAUCAACACGUACCGAUUGAACCCCGCUGAGUACCUGACUGUCACGGCUUGUCGGCGAAAUUUGGCGGGCGAUGUCUGUGCGAUUAUGAGGGUGCAUGCCUUUCUCGAGCAGUGGGGCUUGAUCAAUUACCAGAUCGAUCCAGAUACUCGACCGUCGAACAUUGGCCCACCAUUCACUGGCCACUUCCGCAUCACAGCCGACACCCCUCGCGGCUUACAACCACAUCAACCUGCCGCUCCUAAUAGCGCCAUCACCAGUGGAAAGCCGCAUGCCGGGACUGAUCGCUUGGCAUCGGCGGGCAAGCAAGAGACCAACCUCGAAGUGCGGAGAAACAUCUACGAUGAAAAAGGAAAGGAUGUGACGCCCGCGCAAACCGAGGAUGGCGCUGAAGCAGGCGGCGAAGCAAGCAGCAAGAGCUUGGAGGAGAGCCUGAAAGAGGAGAGCAAGCCGAUCUUCUGCUACUCAUGUGGCGUGGACUGCACGCGACUGCGCUUCCAUUGCUCCAAGAAUCCCCCGGCGACUGCAACCACCCCGAAACCUGUCAAAGAGCAAAGAUACGACUUAUGUGCGCAAUGCUUUGUAGAGAGUCGCUUCCCCAACAACACUGAGUCUGGAGACUACACCAAGCUGGAAAACGAGCGCUACAAGACCAUCGCAGACAAGGGAGCGCCAUGGUCGGACGCGGAACUGCUGCUUCUGUUGGAAGGGUUGGAAAUGUUCGACGACAACUGGGAAUCCGUCGCCGACCACGUGGGCUCGCGCACGCGAGAGGAGUGCGUGCUCAAAUUCCUGCAGCUGGAAAUCGAAGACAAAUACCUCGACGAAGCCCCCUCAGCCAGCAUGAACGGCAGCGGGCAUGGCGUGCAAGACUUUGCCUUCCUGUCCGGCGGCCGAAUCCCGUUCAGUCAAUUCGACAACCCCGUCCUCAGCGUCAUGAGCUUCCUCGCAGGCCUCGCAGACCCCAAGACCACCGCACAAGCAGCAGGCAAGAGCGUGGAGCAAAUGAAAGAAAGCCUCCGCGGCCGACUCGAGCGCGAAGCCACUCCCGGCGCGGAAAACAGCGCCGCCGCCGCCGCCGCUUCCUCUUCCUCCGACGCAGCCGUCAAAGGCGAACGCGCCGAAAGCAUGGACAUCGACGACACCACCUCCCUCGCCACCCGCGAACCCCCAACCACCACCACCACCACAUCCCACGACCUCCCUACCACGGCCCUCAGCCUGACCGCCGCCCGCGCCGCCGCCCUAGCCUCCAACACGGAACGCCAACUCACCGCCCAAGUCUCCGCCGCCGUGAACCUGCAGCUCACCAAGCUGGAGCUCAAAAUGCAGCACUUCAAUGAAAUGGAAGCUUUGCUACAAGCCGAGCGGCGCGAGCUGGAGCGCGAACGCCAGCGCUUGUUCCUUGAUCGCUUGGCGUUUCGGAAGCGAGUCCGCGAGGCGGAGGAGAAGUUGGGGGGCUUGAGACUUGCUGUUCCGUCUGCGGAGAAGUUGGCUGUUGGGCCUGAGGGGAUGGGAGGGGAUGCGUCUGGGUUUGAGGGCGCGGUGGGACUGCAGGGCGGGCCUGAGGAGCCUUUUGCGGAUGGGAUGGAGGGGUUUAUGAGGCAUGAGAUUUAG